CAACCGCUGCAUGUGACGCCAUGGCUGGGCGGGGCUUGUUUUCAAACCCAGACGCAGGCUCACAGCAAUAAAGAUGGCGGCGCUGGGGUCCGCCAAAUCCGCUGGACUCGGGCAGAGAAGCGCUCCUCUGAGUCUGGAGGAGGCCCGGUGCCCGGUGUGCUCCGAGAUCCUGCUGGAGCCGGUGACGAUGCCCUGUGGACACUCGGUGUGCCUGCACUGCUUCCAGCGCACGGUGAAGCUGACCAGCCUGUGCUGUCCGCUGUGCCGGCUGCGGGUGUCCAGCUGGGCCCGGAAACAGUCCCGGGAGAAGAGCCUGGUGAACGCCGAGCUCUGGGAGCUGAUCCGCCUCAGCCACCCGGAGAGAUGCAGGCGGAGGAUGGAGCAGAGAGACGGACAGACCGCCGACGGAGAAAUUUUUCGUGCACCUGUACCAAUUCAUAAAUCUGGAGAAAUGCGUCAAGAGUACGAGAAACAAAAGAUGAAGGGUGGAAGCAGUGAAGAAACCGAAGAGAGAAAGAAAAAGAUCCACAGAAAAGAAGAGUGUGGGAUGCUGAAACUUUGUCAAUAUCCUUUCUGUGGGGUGUCAGACUCUGAGAAUGAAGAGCCGGUGGGAAAGAGGACCAGACAUGUCUCCGCAUUUGUGCGAAAAACAAGAUGCUCCCCUGCUUUCAAUAGAGGUUGUCUUCAUAGCAGUGCUGUUCAGAGGAGCAGGAGCUGUACAGAUUCUGAGGAUGGAAGAGGAAAAACCAGAGGUCACACACAUCAUGUCGUUCCUGACAAGGCUAUCACCACUCAUAGUUACAACGCUGGAAUCCUUCUCUCCUCGGAAAACAGUCGCUCUUUCUCAGCCCCGGUACUGAGCCUAGAUAAGAGACACCACUGGCGGGGCAUCCACACCUCAUCCGCAACACUCGUACUUCAAACGAAACCAGAGAGGUCCAUUAGCCCCGAGAGCAACGAUAGCAUAUCGGAAGAACUCAACCAUUUCAAGCCUAUUGUCUGCUCGCCGUGCACUCCACCCAAAAGGUUGCCCGAUGGGCGAUUUUUGGAGCCUACGAUCGUGAAGUCAACCCCAAGGAACUUGACACACACUCUGCACAAGUCCACAAGCUACGAGGCCAGCCCGACCAUCUUGCAGAAGUGGAAGCAGAUUGAAGUUGAUCGUCAGUGCAUCAAGGUGACCUCAAAAGGUACAGUCACGAGUCCGAUCGCAGAGGAUCUAAGCCUUAAACUGAGUCCCGUUGAAGAACAGGACCGCCGACUCUGCAGCUGUGCUGUAGCCAAGGACAGCUCGCAAGAUCAUCAGUGCAUUUGUGGUUCAAGUGUUAAGGAUCAGAAGGAUAAACCUGUAGUCUGUAAUAAACGACGGCUUGUAUUUGAUCAGUGUAGCAAGGAGGAAGGUACACAGCCUGCUAGCGCUCACAUCAGGUCGACGACUCAAACCAUUGCAGAUACUUUAUCCGCAAAAAGGCGAAGCAGAUGUGAAGAACUCUGUGAACCCACAGAAUUUUGUGAAGCGAUGCUUGAUAAACACGCUGGACACUGUAAACAGGGUAUGAAAGACCCCGAGAACUUCGUAAAUGAGCCUACCACCAGGAGCUGUGUACAUAACAGACCUACCUCAAGAAGGGGCAAGAAGAGAAGCCACAAAACCAAACAUUUGGAAGACACCCUACAGACAAAAAUAUCCCGGACAGGUGCCUAUGACAGGCUUGAUGAUAUGAUUGUCCAGCGAAUGAAUCGGGAUAAGGAGGACCAAGAAGUGGCACUAAAGCUACAAAGACAGUUUGACAGAGAAUGUCAAAAAGUGGACAGGCACAAAACGAGUCGUGACAAAUACGAACUCCGGUCCUGGGCUACAAAUGAUGGGACGGUAGGACACAAUACACGCAGAUCAGGAAGAAUCUCCAAAAGAAAUGAGCACUUUAACUACAGCUGUUAAAGGGACCUCCGGUUAUGGUAGUGUUUUAUUGUAAUGAUUUGUUGCAGUCACAAACAUUUUCUUUGUUGAGGCACUACAGAGGCUUUCUAACAUCUGGAUUAAUAUUGCAAGAUAAGGUAUUUACUUUUUUGACUUUUCAUCCAAAGCAACUUGCAUUAAUUGAGUCCACCUUGAUCAGAGGUGGCCAAUCCUGUUCCUGGAGAUCUUAAAAAGUUCAGCUUAAACCCUGAUCAAACUCAACUGAACCAGCUAAUUAAGAUCUUCAGGAGCAUUUGAUAAAUACAGACAGUUGUGUUGGAUCAGGGUUGGAUCUGAACUCUGCAGGUUGAUCUCCAGGAACAGGAAUGGGCACCCCUGACCUAGAGCAAGCUGGGGUUAAGUGCCUUAGAUUGGGGCAAAAUGGUGGUAGGACAAGUUUGGACUCUCAGCAACUUUCCCAUUUAUGGGGAUCUGGAUUUGAAGCUGCAAUGUUUUGUUUUAAGCUCGGUUACUGUUUAACUGGCUUCUACUACUCAAAAAGAGUGUAUAUGUUGUUCGGGGGAAGAAAAAUGUACAGAAUUAUUUAUACGGCUUUUUAGUACUUUAAUCCAGUGAUGACAGUACUCCUUACAAUCCCUUUGUGCUCAUCACAAUCACAAUUGCUCCUCAAGAAGUUUGUUUGCAUGUUUAAAGGUUAUCAUAGGACAUUUGUUGAACCUGUGUUUCGUACAAAAUUGUAGCAUAACACCUUUUAUUUUGCGUUACCUGUUUCCAGUGUCUUUGAAAGAUUUCUCUUGACACAUCCAUCUAUCAGACAACUCUUUUGUUAACAAUUUACGUGGAAACGAGUAAAAAUUGUAGCCUUAGGCUAGAAAACUACUCUACACAAGUACAUAGAUGCAAAUGCUUGCUUAACAAUUUGCAAGACCGCAGUCUUGUUGUACGUAACCUGUUUACUUUGUUCUUGUUUUACUGUGGUGCAAACAAACCUCAGUAUUCAAGGCAGGGAUAGAAUUGCCUUCAAAUGUUUCUGCCAUUAACCAAAAUGUAUUUUUAGCUCUCCCUGUGUGAUAUGAUUAUGAGAUAGCAGCAACUUGAGUUUAAAAGAGUACAAAUUUAAGAGUACAAUAUUUUUAUAUAUCAUGACUUCUGGAGAAAAAUGGAGCAGACGCUGGACAAAGAUGAAGCUUUCUAGAACGCAUGUGUCGACCACCUGCGUUCACGGACUUCGCGUGCGCUAUCAAAUGGAGUAUACUUUGAAAGGCGUAUGCGUACAAAAACGAAGUGUACUUUAAACUUAAAGU